AUGAAGCGUGUGAAUUUGAAGAGUGGCCACAUUACCAGGAUAAUAGCUGCCUUAACGAUAGUUGGCCUAUGGUGGUUCUUUUCAUCAAGCGACUUGUCAUACAACAAACCGUCAAUUGAUCUGCUACCAGUGGCACAGGAUGAACCCAAGAAAGCUACUAGUAAUGAAAAAGGUACUAUAAUGCCCUCGAUGCCCGAUAAGGAAGCCAAGGAGAAACUUGGCAGAGCUUCAUGGACCUAUUUUCAUACACUGCUCGCGAGAUUCCCAGAUGAGCCCACCGCUGAACAAAGCGAAAAGCUAAAGCAGUUUAUCGAACUCUACGCUGAGUUAUACCCCUGCGGAGAAUGUUCAUAUCAUUUCGUCAAAACCUUAAAACGGUACCCACCACAAGUCUCUAGUAGAACCGCUGCAGCACUAUGGGGUUGUUCAAUCCACAACAUUGUGAACGAUUACCUGGGCAAAGAACAUUACGACUGCAGUACAAUCCUCGAAGACUACGAUUGCGGUUGUGGUGAUGACGAAGGGAAGAUAAAAGAUGAUUUGAAGUUGGAUAAAGUCUCGUUAUUCAAAGAGGGUAAACAAGGUGGGUAG